CUGCCCCAUAGCGGGAUGCGGGAUGCUCUGCCCCCCCGGGCGUGCCGGGGGUGUGUCCAGCCGGGGGGGCCGCUCCGCUCCUCGCCUCCUCCUCCUCCUCCCCCCCGCGCCGGUCCCGGUGGUGCCGGUGGUGCCGGUGGUGCCGGUGGUGCCGGUGGUGCCGGGGCGGCGAUGGCGCUGCGGGCGCUGCUCGGGCUGUGCCUGCGGCUCGCGGCGGGCGCUGCCUUCAACCUGGACGCCACCAACUCUCUGCUCAAGGACGGCGAGAAGGGCACUCUCUUCGGCUUCGCUGUGGCUCUGCACCGGCAGCUGCGCCCCGAGCCCGCGGGGUGGCUGUUGGUGGGCGCUCCGCAGGCGCCGGCGUUGCCCAACCAAAGCGCCAACCGCACCGGGGGGCUCUUCGCUUGCCCGCUGACCCCCGAGCUGUCCGACUGCCGGCGGGUUCCCAUCGAUGACGGAGCGGACGUGGAGCGGGAGAGCAAAGAGAACCAAUGGUUGGGGGUGAGCGUCAAGAGCCAGGGCGCCGGCGGCAAGAUCGUGACCUGCGCCCACCGGUACGAGCUGCGGCACCGCGUUCGGCAGCCGCUGGAGACGCGGGACGUGAUCGGGCGCUGCUUCGUGCUGAGUGAGGACCUGCGGGCGCGCGACGAGAUGGACGGCGGCGAAUGGAAGUUCUGCCAGGGCCGCCCGCAGGGCCACGACCGCUUCGGGUCCUGCCAGCAGGGCCUGGACGCCGCCUUCAGCCCCGACCUGCGCUACGUCCUCUUCGGGGCGCCCGGAACCUACAACUGGAAAGGGACUCUGCGCGUGGAGCUGCUCCCCCGGAGCCCUCUGGAUCUGCUGCGCUUCGACGAUGGUCCCUACGAGACGGGGGGCGAGAAGGACCAGGACCCCUCGCUCAUCCCCGUCCCCGCCAACAGCUACCUGGGGCUGCUCUUUGUGACCAACGUUGAUAGUUCAUCCCCCGACCAAGUGGUCUACAAAUCCCUCGAGCCCGGCGAGACGGUGCGCGGUGCGCCCGCCGACGUGACCCCCAAUAGCUACCUGGGUUUCUCGGUGGCGUCGGGCGCGGGGCUGACGCGUCGGCGGGAGUUGAGCUUCGUCACCGGAGCCCCUCGCGCCAACCACACCGGAGCGGUGGUCAUCCUGCGCCGCGACAGCGCCAGUCGCCUCGUGCCCGAGGCCGUACUGCCCGGCCAGCAGCUCACCUCGGCCUUCGGCUACGCCAUCGCCGUCCUCGACCUCAACAGCGAUGGUUGGAUGGACCUGGUGGUGGGGGCCCCCCACUUUUUCGAGCGCAAGGAGGAGAUUGGAGGCGCCGCUUACGUCUACAUCAACGCCGCGGGGCACUGGGACGCCGCCACCCCUCUGCGCCUCAACGGCACCCGCGGCUCCAUGUUUGGCAUCGCCCUCAGCGCCGCCGGUGACCUCAACCACGAUGGCUUUGAAGAUCUGGCUGUGGGAGCCCCUUUCGACGGUGCCGGCAAAGUCUACAUCUACCACGGCAGCGCCUUCGGCAUCGUGGUGAAGCCGGCACAGGUUCUGGAUGGGGAGGGCGUAGGGGUGACAGCUUUCGGGUACUCUCUCUCGGGGGGACUGGACGUGGACGGGAACCUGUACCCCGAUCUGCUCGUUGGGUCCCUCUCUGACACCGUCGUGCUCUACAGAGCCCGCCCGGUUGUCCACGUCUCCAGGAACGUCUCCCUUCUCCCCGCCAACAUCGACCUGGAGCAGAGCAACUGCCUCCACCAGGAGGGCGUCUGCGUGGACGUCCGAGCGUGCUUCAGCUACACGGCCAGUCCGGCCACCUACAGCCCCCGCCUGGUGCUGGAGUACGUGUUCGACGCUGACACCGAGCGCCGUCGGCUGGGCCAGGCGCCCCGCGUCUCCUUCCUCGGCCGCCGCCCCUCGGACCCCGAGCACCAGUUCUCCAACACGGUGGAGCUGCCCCGGCAGCACGCGCGUGCCUGCGUCAAAGCUACCUUCCAGCUCCACGACAGCAUCCGUGACAAGCUUCGCCCCAUCACCGUCACCCUCGCCUACGGCAUCCAGGGCGCGGUGCCGGGGCGGCAGAGCCGGGGGGCGGCAGCCCUGCCCCCCCUGCCCCCCGUGCUCAGCCCGCAGCAGCCCAGCAGCCACCGCACCGAGGUGCAUUUCCUCAAGCAGGGUUGUGGUGAUGACAAGAUCUGCCAAAGCAACCUCCAACUGAGCUUCCAGUUCUGCGCCCGCCUCGGCGACGCCGAAUUCCAGCCGCUGCCCAGGGGCACGGACGGCACCGCCGUCUUUGCCAUCAGCGACCAGAAGGAUGUGGCUUUGGAGAUCCAAGUCACCAACGCGCCGUCGGACCCCGCGCAGCCGCAGCGCGACGGCGACGAUGCCCACGAGGCCAUGCUCACCGCCACCUUCCCACCAGAGCUGCCCUACUCCGCCAUGCGCCCCUUCGACGGGCGGGGGGCUUUGGAGAAGCCGGUGGUCUGCUUGGCCAACCAGAACGGCUCGCAGGUGGAGUGCGAGCUGGGGAACCCCCUGAAACGCGGAGCCCAGGUGCGGUUCUUCCUCAUCCUCAGCACCCUCGGCGUCACCAUCCAGACCACGGACCUGGCGGUGGAGCUGGCCUUGUCCACGAUCAGUGAGCAGCCAGGGCUGGAGCCGGUGGUAGCUCGCGCCCGCGUGGUCUUCGAGCUGCCCGUGUCCGUGACGGGCGUGGCUGUGCCGCCCCGGCUCUUCUUCGGUGGGGUGGUGCGGGGCGAGAGUGCCAUGCGGCGCGAGAGCCAGGUGGGCAGCGCCGUGCGCUUCGAGGUGACGGUCGCCAACCGGGGCCCCUCGCUGAGGACUCUGGGCUCGGCGUCCCUCACGCUGCUUUGGCCCCACGAGCUCCGCAAUGGCAAGUGGCUGCUCUACCCCCUGAGCCUGGAGCUGGCAGCGGGCGCGGGGCAGCGCGUGGCGUGCCAGCCUGCUGCCAACCCCCUGCGUCUGGCACUGGAGCCACAAGGGGAGACAGACCCCGAGGUGCCCACGCCAGGGUCCUGGUGGGUGCCGGCACCUGCAGAGAGGAGGAAAAAGAAUGUCACGCUGGACUGUGCCCAGGGCACCGCGCGCUGCCUGCCCUUCCGCUGCCCACUGUCCAGCUUCGAGCGCGCCGCUGUGCUGACGGCCCGCGGGCGCCUCUGGAACAGCACCUUCCUGGAGGAGUACCUGGCCGUCACCUCGGUGGAGCUGAUUGUCCGCGCCAGCGUCUCGGUGACCUCCUCCAUCAAGAACCUGGUGUUGAAAGAUGCCUCCACGCAGAUCUCCGUUUCCAUCUACCUGGACCCCGGCGCGGCGGUGGCCGGCGGCGUGCCAUGGUGGGUCAUCCUGCUGGCCGUGCUGGCCGGUGCCCUCGUCCUGGCCCUGCUCGUUGCCAUCCUCUGGAAGGUCGGCUUCUUCCGCCGUGCCCGCCGCGUGCCGCCAGCCGUACCGCAGUACCACGCGGUGAAGAUCCCACGGGAGGAGCGGCAGCAGUUCCGCGAGGGCAAGACGGGCACCAUCCAGAGGAAGGAGUGGGCGGCCGGCUUGAAGGAGCAAAGCGAUGGCCGCGUCGCCCCCAGCUCGGCGUAACCGAGGGGACGUGGGAUACAAACCCUCCUCCUCAUCCCACGGAGCCCAGAGCGGCGCCUGGCGAGGGAGAUGCGUGUGCGGGCGCACGCGGGGCUGCGCGUGCCGUGAUGGGGCCCCAUGGGGGCUGCUGUGCCC